AGAAGAAAGACUUUUUUGUAGGUGGGAUAAAGUAGGAUGUUCGCAGGAUUUCCCGCUUUGCAGUUAUUCUGCUUGCCACUCCAGCGCCCACUCCCUUUCUGCCUGCUAACUCUUGCCGGAUCUGUUCAGCUGUCCUCUUCGCAGUCCCUCUGCAAUCAGCGCCGCAGUAACUCAUCCCGCGUGCACUGCAGCAUCCGAGGCGCGAGGCGCGCGACUCCCAGCUGAACUGAGCCUGCGGUGCUGUGCACCUCAAAGUGACAAGAAGCAGGUACUUUACCUUGAAGCCAACUGAAGAUUCAAAACUAUUACUGAUCAUUUUUUGGAGCAUUUGGUGUUUUUCAUAAAUUGGAGCUCUUCACAGAUAGAAAUGUUAGGCAAGCUGAUCCUGUUUUGGAUGUGUCCUGCCAUUUUUGGCUCAUUCUAUAAUUCUGAAAUUGAUACAGAUGACACAAGGAACCUUAAUGUAAAGAUUACAGCUAACUCGCCUGUAAUGGCUUCCCUAGCCAGUACUCUCAUUCUUCCAUGCCAUCUUAUCAGUACUGUUCCUAGCACUAAUGUUUUUGAAGGAAGAAGGAAAGUGCUUAGCACCCCACGGGUGAAAUGGACUGUCAUCAGUGAAGGUCGUGAGGCAGAAAUUCUGGUAGCAAGGGGCUUACGCGUCAAGGUAAGUGAGGCUUUCAAAGGUCGGGCCUCCCUUCUGCAAUAUCCUGAAGACCUGAAUAACCUCACCCUUCAGUUGGAAAUGCUAGAACCCAGUGACUCUGGAAUAUACCGCUGUGAAGUACAGCAGGGACUGGAAGAUAGUCAUGAUAUUGCUGAGGUCAAAGUUAAAGGAGUUGUAUUUCACUACCGUGAUGCUUCCAAUCGUUAUGCCUUCACAUUCAGCAGGGCCCAGCAGGCAUGCUCUGAGAUUGGAGCAUCCAUUGCCACACCUGACAAGCUAAUAGCAGCCUAUAACAGUGGCUAUGAACAGUGUGAUGCUGGCUGGCUUUCAGACCAGACCGUCAGAUAUCCAAUCCAUAAUCCUCGUGAUGGUUGCUAUGGUGAUAUGGAUGGCUUUCCAGGAGUAAGGAAUUAUGGAGUACAGGAUCCAGAAGAACUGUAUGAUGUUUAUUGCUAUGUGGAAGACUUAAGAGGUGAAGUUUUCCAUAGUACUUCACAAGACAAGCUUACCCUUGAAGAAGCAAAAGAAUAUUGUGCAGAGAGAGGAGCAGAACUUGCCACUACAGGACAAUUAUAUGCAGCCUGGAAUGAGGGCCUAGAUCACUGUAGCCCAGGCUGGCUUGCUGAUGGCAGUGUCCGUUAUCCUAUCAUAGUACCCAGAGAACGUUGUGGUGGAAACCAGGCCGGUGUUAAGACUGUCUAUCUCCAUCGAAAUCAGACUGGAUUUCCUGAACCAUCUACUCACUACGAUGUCUUUUGCUUUCGAGGUAAUGAUUUGUCACAAGGAUACACUGACUCUACACUGGGCUAUCAAGCAACUGAGCCAGAACAUGUGGAUGAAGUUUCCCCAUUAAGAGAUGUUUCUGAGGAGCUUAAUGUGGCUUUAGAACAAGGGGAAAUGGAAGCCAAAGGGUCAUUGGAUUCUUUUCGUCUGAACAAAGAGAUGGUUGCUUUUGAACCAACUAGUAUAGAUGGCUUCACUCCAGAUUACUCAGUUUCUGAAACAUCUUCAGGGACCUCUAGUCCAAAUUUAUCAACAAUUUUGUCUCCGGAAAAACUAAGUUUAGCACAUGAAAGCUCUGAGCCUACUUCAUCUGCAGAUCUAGACAGUCACCAGUUGAAUCACUCAGAGUCAAUGCCAAAGAAAUACAAGAGUCCUGAAAUCGAAGACACUGUUAAGGAUUAUGAGCCCCUUCUUGGAGAAUACAUGACCUCUGAAUCUUCCACAGUUCAGUCUAAUGUUUCUGUAGGUAAUCCAAAACAUUAUCAGCCAAUGCCAGAAACAAAUAUUGCCUCAGUAAACUAUACAAAUUUAUCAGCAUCUUCGGUGGGAAACCCUAAACAUUAUCAGCCAAUGCCAGAAACAAAUGCUGCCACAGAAACUGUUUCAGUAAAACCUAAAUAUUAUGAGGGAAACCCCAAACAUUAUCAGCCAAUGCCAGAAACAAAUAUUGGUUCCACAACUUCUACAAUUCAACAAGAAGUCUCUGGAGAAAGCCCUCACUCAUAUCAUCCAAUAUCAGCAGAAAUAAAUCCAUCCUUAGAAGUUCCACAUCAAACCGAAAUAUUGGGAUUAAACCAUCAAACAUAUCCACCUACAGCAGAAACAAAUAGCACAGAAAGGCCUUUAAUAUUUUCUCUAAAUGAAAAAUCAGAAGCAAACCUACAAACAGCAGACAGUUUACAUGCACAUGAAGGAGAUGAAAAAUCAAGCGUUGCCAAAGAACUUGAAGAAUCCCAUAAAGAAGCUCCUGGCUCUUCUGGUGCAGAUGUUUCUGGAUCUAUUCUGGAAUUAUCAGGCUAUGUGCCAUCUGGUCAUUCAGUCACAAAGGAAUUGACGAGGUUGCCUGAAAAAGUAGAGUCAACAACUCCCUUGGACAAUCUUGAAGGAACAUCAGUUACAGUUUCUAACACUGAGUGGCCUAGUGAAGGUUCACUACAGCCCACUUCUUCUGGAUCCAAUGAGAAUAUUCCAUUAAUCAUAGUGACUUCACAUACACCCUUUGUUGAAUUUACUUCUUCAUUGCCAACUAAAAUCAAGGAUACUGUCUCAGGUGAUCUGGAGAGGGAGAUUCAUGAAACAAGCACAUCUCAGGAUCAGCAGUCACUUUACAAGGCUAAUAAACUAGAAGGAUCUUCUGAUGAUGAAGAACUAGGAUCCUUAGAUUUUAAAAGUUUACCCAAGUUUGAAGGUUCUCUAGAGAAAAAUGUGCCAGAAAUGCAUCAAGUGGAAAAAAGUUUAGAUACUUCUGGAAUAGGCGAGACAUUUAAAACAGAUGUUUACAGUAGUCAAACAGGUGUGGGAAAUGAGCCUUCUGGACAAUCAGGCCUACAUGAGCCCAUAUCAGCUUCAGGAGAAACCACAGUGUAUCCAGUCACAACGAUUAUGAUACCCCACAUGUCCGGUGACGGUUCAGGGAUGACUAAAUCCCCUCUGAAGGUAGAGUUUAGUGGUUAUCCUCAGGAAGAAAAAUCUGAGCUUGAUAUUUCAGGUUCAUCUACCACACUUUACACUGUGACUAGUUUCAGAGAAUUACUGAAAGCUACUGGCACUGUUAAACAAGAGGCAGCAGGAGAAGUAUCUGGAUUUCCAAUACAUGAAUCUGGCAGCGUCUCUUAUCAUGAUGGUAGUGCUUCAAUAUUUACGGAACCACCAAGUGGCCACAAGCAGAUUUCAAUUACACUUUUUCCAGAUGAGUUACAAACACCCUCUGGUAAAAUCCAGCCUUCAGUGAUACCUCAGGAAUCAAAAACUGCAGAAUCUGAAUACAGUGGAGACCACAUUACUGCAACAGAUGUCCCUGCUUCAGGCAGUUUAGAUGACAUGGGCAAAGAGACAUUUACAGUUACAGAUGGUUCCUCAUCAGAUACAGCAACAACAACUGCCUCUUUGUUGUGGACUUUUUCAACACAGCCCACCACCACCACACAUAUUUCUUUACAGGGGCCUACCACUAACUUAGUCACUUAUCAAACAGUUGAAAGUUCAGAAGACAAUUUAGAAACAACUUUGUCACCGACAUCACCUACCAUUAAAAGUACGACUGUGACAGAAUUUGAAUUGACAGUGCAAACAGAAGAUCUCUUUGAAGAGGCCACCAGACAUGAAGAAGAAGAAGGUACUCCUUCUACACUUACUGAGUUUACAAGCAAGCCUACCCUCCCUGCUUUGCCCACGGAAAGGGCUGUUCUUGGGCAUGGAGAGAACCUUUCAGAUGCUUGUUUAGAAAAUCCAUGCAAGAAUGGAGGGACCUGUGUGGAGGUAGGAGUUUCAACAAAGUGCCUCUGUCUGCCCAGCUAUGGAGGGGAACUUUGCAAGACUGACUUGGAGAAAUGUGAAGUUGGCUGGGAGAAGUUCCAGAGCUUCUGUUACAAGCAUUUCAUCCACAGGCAGAGCUGGGAGUUAGCAGAGCAGCACUGCCGAACAAGUGGCGGUCACCUUGUCAGUGUUAUGAACCCAGAGGAGCAAGAAUUCAUCAACAAUAAUUAUAAAGAAUACCAGUGGACUGGUUUAAAUGACAAAACCAUUGAGGGUGAUUUUCGCUGGUCUGAUGGGAAUCCAUUGCUUUAUGAAAAUUGGUAUCAUGGACAACCUGACAGCUACUUCCUAUCUGGAGAAGAUUGUGUUGUCAUGGUGUGGCAUGAUGGAGGACGAUGGAGUGAUGUUCCAUGCAACUAUCACUUAUCCUACACUUGUAAAAAGGGCACUUCCUCCUGUGGACAACCACCUGCUGUGGAAAAUGCCAAGAUUCUUGGCACACCACGUUCGCAGUAUGAGACCAACUCUAUGACACGGUAUCAAUGCAAGGAGGGCUUCCUGCAGCGACAGAACCCUAUCAUCAAGUGCCUGUCCAACGGCAAGUGGGAGGAGCCACAGAUAGUCUGCGUCCCGGCUAACAGUUCUACAGAAGACAAGACACCUAUAGUUUUGCAGUAGGCAGACACUGUGGAAGAAUGGGGGAAGAAAAGAAGAAUUUAAACCACCCUGAACACAAGAACUGUGCCCUAUCCCUACUGAGUAGUGUCUCCCCUCUGUUUAUCAGACUGGAGUGAAAAACAAGAAGAGAAACUCACCCCUUUAUUGACAAACACCAUGCCAUGCCACCACCCCACCUUUCUGAUUGAGGGAUUAUUAAUACAAGGUGAAAAAGUAUAUGAUGGCCACAGUUGUGUUUAGCAAACAAGUUAAAAAAAGCACUUUACAUCUGGGGUGGAAGGGUUUUACGAGUAUAGUGUUUUCCCAGAGACUUCUUUUGGUGAGUGCUAGUUCUUUGCAUUUAUUUAAUCAGAAGUGCAAGUGAUUGCAUCAAAUGCAGUUGAGCUUUUUCCCACCCAUUUUUGCACAGCAUAUUUUUUGGGAAGUCUAAAGCAGUUCGAACAGCCCUGCCCUAGCGUAGUGCUUAUAAGCCAAUUCAGAAAUGCUGUGGUGCCAGUGCCUAACCACGGUGUGCGCUGUAUGCAGACAAAUCGUGUAACGUGCAUAAGUUAAAAUCAGUAAAACAAUGCUCCUUUUCAGUAAAGACAUGCAGCUACAACUUUUCAUAUAAAGACGGUCUCAGUCAAUGACCUCCCAUACACUUUGUAUGCUUCCUUUUUCUUGUUAUUAUAGUGCUUAGCUUCAGCGGCCGUGAGAGAAUGCCUGAUUGUUAGCACUGAAAGCAGAUGCUCGUCCACUGAUGACAGCUCUGUGUCUUUCACUCAGACCUUUUUAUUUUAUUUUUUUUGCCUUCCUUCCUGUGUGAAGUAUGGUAACCAUAAGGUUUUUUUGUUUCUCACGGCUGCACACUCAUCUUCCUGGUGCAAUCAGGACAGGGUUGACGCCCUUUCUUAAAACAAUUUGUCUUUAAACCUUUCUUUUACAGUAUAUAUAGGAUGUUGGGCUAGAGGCAUCACCCAGACAAAGGAUGCUACACUGUUUCAAAAUUUAGUGCAUUCCUAAUUUAAUACUGUUAAACUUCUCUGAUAUGUACUACCUGCAAGAAAAAAGUGAGCAAAUGUGGUUUUGUCCAGUUCAGCAUUUGUGUUUGAUAAUAAUAUGCCACUGUUUAAUUGAUGUUUAAUUUGACUUCAUCUGCUAGUAUGUUAACUGGUGUCUGGAUUGAGAUAAACAUAAUUGCCAAUAAAUGUCAACAAAACAAAACUAAA